AUGCAACGGCAGGUCAAGUACUCCAAGGCCGGCCUAACCGAGCUCAUCGUCGGCUCCAACAAGUCCAUCAUCAGCUCAAACGGAAAGGGCGCCAUCAAGGGCAAGGGACUCCGGAUUAAAAACGCCAAGAACGUCAUCAUCCAGGGCAUCACCAUCAGCGACAUUAACCCUCACGUCAUUUGGGCCGGUGACGCGCUCGCCUUCGACAACGUGGAGAACGUCUGGGUGCACAAGUGCACCAUCGCGCGCAUCGGGCGUCAGCACCUGGUGACCUACCAGCAGACCAACAAGGGCAUCACCGUGUCCUCCUGCCUCUUCGACGGCACCUCGCCCAGCGCCGCGUACUGCGACGGCAAGCACUACUGGGUCUGGCUGUUCUGGGGCACCCACGACGAGAUCACCCUCAUCAACAACCGCGUCGUCAACACCGCGGGCAGGACGCCCCACGCCGGCGGCUGGAGCAAGUCCCAGAACUACGUCCACCUUAUCGGCAACUCCAUGGAAAACAACAACCACGGAGGAAUCGAGCCCAAGACCGGCUCUUACAUUCUCAGCGAGGGUAACAAGUGGACUGCCUUCACCAACCCCAUCAACAUCAUGGCUAAGGGUGGCCACAUCGCUAUGGUCAACGACGCCAAUGGUGCGUCGCAGUGCAAGAAGUACUUGGGAGCCAACUGUCUCGUCAACAAGUUCGACAACAAGUCCAAGUCCAAGACCUGUAUCCCAUGUCUGUAA